GUUGCAUCAAUAUUUCUUUGAGAAAGAACGAAGUCACCACCUCUACACGCACAAAUCAAUGGAGGAUGAUGACGGAAUUAGGGCUCAUUUUCCCCUUUCUUUCGGCAAAAAAUCCAAAUCACAAACCCCAAUCGAAUCAAUUCACAACGCCACACGCCGCCCCACCACCGGCAUCGAUGGCCCACAAUCUUCUAGUUCUCUUCACACUAACAACAAGAACAAAGACACCCCUUUUCCUUCAUUAUCUUCAUCCUCAAAGUCAUGGUUAAAUUCCCUCCAGAAAAAACCUAAACCCAGUACUGUAUCUGAUGAUGAUGUGGCAAUUGGCCCGCCUCGACCUCCACCGUCUUAUGAUUCUGUUGAUGGAGAAGAUGACGCGAUGAUUGGGCCUCCUAGGCCGAUGCCCGCUGAAGAUGAUGAUGACGACGACGACGACGAGCCAAUCAUUGGCCCACCGCGGCCUCCGUUGGGUUCGGAUAGCGAGGAGGACUUUUCCGAUGGUGAGCAAGAAGUUCAGCACCGUAUACCUCUCAGUAAUGAGAUUGUUCUGAAGGGUCACACCAAGGUUGUUUCUGCUCUUGCAAUUGACCAUUCUGGAUCCAGAGUACUUUCGGGAAGCUAUGACUACUCAAUUCGUAUGUACGAUUUCCAAGGAAUGAACGCCCGUUUGGAAUCAUUCCGACAGCUUGAACCUUCUGAAGGACACCAAGUCCGUAGCUUAAGCUGGAGUCCUAGUGCUGAUCGAUUCUUGUGUGUCACUGGAUCUGCUCAAGCCAAGAUAUUUGAUCGUGAUGGAUUGACACUGGGAGAGUUUGUGAAAGGUGAUAUGUAUAUUCGUGAUCUAAAGAAUACAAAAGGUCACAUAACUGGAUUGACAUGUGGCGAAUGGCAUCCAAAGACGAAAGAGACCAUUUUAACCUCAUCAGAGGAUGGUUCAUUGCGUAUAUGGGAUGUCAAUGACUUCACAUCCCAAAAACAGGUCAUAAAACCAAAACUUGUAAAACACGGAAGGGUUCCAGUCAACACUUGUGCGUGGGACCGUGAAGGGAAGUCCAUCGCAGGCGGUAUUGGUGAUGGGUCUAUACAGAUAUGGGGUAUCAAGCCUGGAUGGGGAAGUCGACCCGACAUUUAUGUUCCCAAUGCUCACUCGGAUGAAAUCACCGGUCUUAAAUUUUCUAGUGAUGGAAGGACUUUACUUUCAAGAAGUUUUGAUUGUACAUUAAAGGUGUGGGAUUUGAGGCAAAUGAAAACGGUAUUGAAGUCAUUUGAGGAUCUUCCGAAUCAUUAUUCACAAACAAAUGUCGCGUUUAGCCCCGAUGAGCAGCUGCUGUUAACAGGUACAUCUGUUGAAAGGGACAGCACAACUGGCGGGUUGUUAUGUUUGUUUGAUAGAGAGAAACUUGAACUCGUAUCAAAAGUCGGCAUAUCACCAACAUGUAGCGUCGUGCAGUGUGGUUGGCACCCAAAACUAAAUCAGAUAUUUGCAACUGCGGGUGAUAAGCACCAAGGUGGGACCCACGUGUUAUAUGAUCCUACACUGAGCACAAGAGGUGCUCUUGUGUGUGUUGCACGUGCUCCGAGGAGGAAGUCUGUUGAUGAUUUCCAGGCGGAGCCGGUGAUUCACAACCCGCACGCGCUUCCGUUGUUUAGAGACCAGCCGAGCCGCAAACGUCAGCGCGAGAAAAUGUUGAAAGACCCGCUCAAGUCUCAUAAGCCCGAAGCUCCAAUGAACGGGCCCGGUUUUGGUGGAAGGGUUGGUGUAACCAAGGGAAGCUUGUUGACACAGUACCUUCUCAAGCAAGGUGGGAUGAUUAAGGAAACAUGGAUGGAUGAAGAUCCACGAGAAGCUAUCUUGAAGUAUGCUGACGUGGCUAAAAAAGAUCCAAAAUUCAUCGCUCCAGCUUAUGCUGAGACCCAGCCCAAUACCGUUUUUGCAGAGUCUGAUUCCGAGGAAGAAGAUAAGUAAAGAUAUUGAGUUUGGGUGUGAUUGAUAAGAUUCAUGCCUAGAAGAUGAAGACCAUGGUUUUCAAAUGCUACUAUUCCAUGUCUUACUUUUCAUGUUUAUCAUUCAAUUGGAACAAAUGGAAAUUGCUGCAAACUUUUCUUAAAUGUAGCUUAGGAACACCCAGGCCAGAAUAUGAUUAGAUUAUAGAUUACAUGUACUUGAGUUAUGUUAUAUGUAAACGGGCUUAAUGAGGGUUUCAAUGUUUGAUCUAAGACUCUAAUAGGAAAAGCAUUGUAUAUGUAUAUGUUAUUGG